CAUAGACUUGUUUAGUUGUGUCUUUGCCUAACUAACUGGAAACUGCCAUACGGCGAGCGAGAAAACUGUAAACAGAUUUCAGGUGAUUUCACCCCGACAUAUACAUUAGCAUAUAGGAUUAAAGAGAGAAUCAGGUUACGUGAAAAUGAAAUAUUCUUUGGACGAAGUUUGCCCAGUAUGCGGUGAUAAGGUAUCUGGCUACCACUAUGGGCUUCUGACCUGCGAGAGCUGUAAAGGCUUUUUCAAGAGAACGGUACAGAAUGGUAAGAAAUACACAUGCGUCCACACUAGUAAGUGUCACAUUGAUAAGGAUCAACGGAAAGGGUGUCAAGCUUGCCGAUUCCAGAAAUGUCUUCGAGUUGGGAUGAAGUUAGAAGCUGUGCGUAGAGACAGAGUAAGAGGUGGCAGAAACAAGUUUGGGCCGCUUUAUAAGCAAGACAGAGCACGAAAACAACGUCUUAAAGCCCUCAGUGAGGUCCAUGACUCUUCAACAACAAUAACAAAUUUAACACUUUCCGUUGAAACAACAAAAGUUGAAUUUUGUGAACCGGUUCCACUGAUCCAAACACCCACACCAACGAAUAACGAAUGUUACGUCACCCCAAGUCAUGACUCUAUUUGGCCUUCUUCACUUGAAAGUCCCUCCACAAGUUCUAUAAUGUCAGUGUUGCCACAACCUUAUAUAUCCCAUUCCCCAUCACCAAACACCAGCAGUUUAGGCAGCACUGGGGACCUUACAGUGCGGAAUAUAUCCGGAAACUCUUAUAUCGAACCACCAACAUUUCACCCACCCCCGGAUCCCAUGCAGACCCAUUACCCCCUAUUAUGGGGGGCUCACCCUGCCAUGAACCCCACUUUACCCCCAACAUACCUCAGUAUGGGGCCAAUCCCAGCCCCAUACCAACUUUUACCCUUCAGCCCCAAUUCUGUGAUUGAGGGGUUCCAGAGGGGGUUUUACGUACCCCUACUAAUUGAUCAACUUCUCAAAUAUGAAAUCGUCGAGUCAGAGAUAAAAACUCGUAUUGGCACUUCGUUAUUAGAUGUUACCCACCGCAGUGACGUGUUCCAAUUAAUCUGCAAGAUUGCUGAUCAGACACUAUAUGCUAUGGUAGAGUGGGCAAAGAAGUCGGUUUUCUUUGCAGACCUGCAGGUUUCUGAUCAAAUGAAAUUACUUCAAGACAGUUGGAUUGAGUUGUUAAUAUUGGAUCAUAUUCAAAGACAGUUGAAGUUGAAAUCUGACUCAAUAGAGUUAGUGACGGGGCAUAAAUUUCCUCGCGAUUUAAGCAAAGUGUCGAGUCAUUGCGUCAUCACGUUUCGGAUCCUCAAAAGGUUGAUGGACCUUGAGAAAAAAUUUGCAGUACUUCAAGUUGAUGAGCAAGAAAUUGCGUGUCUAAAAUACCUCGUUCUGUUUGAUACAGAAUCCCACACAGCAGGAUGCCCCAACGUGCAGGAAAAAGUGAAUGAAGCAUUAUGUGAGUAUUCUAAGAAGAACUACAUGGAUCAACCUGACAGGGUGAACAAGUUGAUUUUUCGCUUGUCUGAAAUCCGAGCUGUGUCCAGUCAAAUAGAAGAUUACCUUCAUUAUAAACACCAUGAAGGGAAGCUCACAGAAGGGUCUUUGCUUGUCGAGUUACUAAAAGCAAGAGAAAAUGGUCCAUGAGUUUAAAAGAGUCAGAACCUAAUAUCACAUAUACGGAUAAAAGUGAAGUUUGCUUUAUUAUAAAAGUGAGGAUAAACUAAGACAUAAGGUGUACAUUGCAAAGUGUGAAGUAACAAACUGAAACGUUUUUCGCAUUUUAAAAGGCUGAUAUAUUUAUUAAUUUAUUGUAAUCUUUAAAAACAAAUUCUUUUAAAAACUGUUUAUCCAGAAAAAAAGAGAAUUUUUGACGAAGUUAUUUUGUCCAAAGUUGUGACGUCUAUUUCUUAUGUUCCUUAUUUCUUCUCUGCUAAUUUUUUGUAAUACUUUGUGUUCUUUCCGUUCUACCUAAUGCUCAUCAAUUUUAAAAUCACUUAUUAUCAAGAAUUAUAUAUGUGGCAUUUAUCUUGA